AUGUUUGGAACACCAGCUAAGAAUACAAGAAACGUCUCUGAAGAUGAAACUGAGAUAGAAGACAGAAAUGCCACAUUAAAUGAUGUUGUUACGAUGAUUCGAGAUAUAUCUUCGAUAACAGAAAAGUGUAAUAUCCUUGUAAAAGGAUUCGAUUUAACUCUUGGAAACAGUCCUUUUAUUAGUUUUAAAUUAAUAAUGGAAGGACAUAUUGAAGUUAUAGAAGAAAUAGAAUGUGCCAUCAAAGCUUAUAAAAAGAAUAAUAUUAUCCUUCUUAAUGCAAUAAAAGAAGGUAAAAGAAGAGACGAACGAGAAGAAAGAAUAGAUAAAUUAGAAAAGAAGAGAGAAGAAGAGACAAAACCAGAGAGAAGAAAAACUAGACCUCUCUAG